GCUGAUGUAAAGGUCAGCAAAGAGAUUUUUGACAAAGCGACAGUGGAGGUUAUUUUGAAGCCAAAGGUUGGACUUUCAGAGAAACCUGGGUGUCUCUCCAAUGAUGUUCUUGAUGUUCUUUAUUUUUUCAUCCGCUGUCAGAAUCGGCCAGAAUCUCCUGAUCACUUCACAGACCUGUCGAUUGUCUGAACUGUUUGCACCUGUGAAACUGGUGGAAAAUUAUUUUCCAGGUGUAGCAGAAAAGGCCAAGGAGCAGAUGAUUAAGAAUACAUGUGAAUCUGUGAUUCUUACAGCUUUACACCCAAGGACAUCCAUUACUGUUGUCUUGCAAGUUAUCCAUGAUGCUGGUUCUCUUUUGUCAUGUUGUUUGAAUGCCUCCUUUGUUGCGAUGAUGGAUGCUGGUCUUCCAAUGAAAUCCUCAUUUUGUGGUCUUACCUGUGUUAUUGGCACAGAUGGCAAUAUUGUGCUUGAUCCCACUGCAAAACAGGAAAAGGAGAGCAGAGCAGUCCUUAUAUUUGGAAUAGAAAGCACUGAAAAGAAGGUGUUAUUGUUAACCACUAAAGGAUCUUGCUCUGUGGAAGAGUUGCAGAGAUGCUUAGCCAUUUGUCAAAAGGCAUCAGAGAAGAUUUUUCAAUUCUACAGAGAUUCUCUACGGAGAAAGUUCUCCAAGUCAUGAGUACCACUGUAUUUCAAAAGUCAUUUUAUUCUCAAGGAGUUUUCGCGAUGAACCACCAGAAACAAUGAUAGUUGAGCUUUAUUAUUUGCCUUGUGCAUUUUUUCUCUUAUUAGAUUUCAGUGAAGAAGAUUUUUCUGAAAUCUAUGAAUUUUAAGAUGUUUUAUUCUGAAAAUAUUAUUCUGAAACUCUGUCUGAUUUGGCGGUACCAUUUUUGUAAAUAGAGCUGGUAUUCAUAGGCACUUACAAGGCUGUUGAUCUAUGAGGAUUGUAAGAAGCUAAGCCUUACAUUCCAAUGGUAGUCUUUAAUCCCUUAUAUUUUGAUUAUUAAUAACCCAGAGCAAAACAGGUAGGAAGAACAAGGAUGUGUUGGGGCAUUUACCUGUUGCCGCUAUCCAUGAUGGAAAUUGGUGCUAAACUGUAUGUGAAUUUGAAGUUUCCUAUCUCUUUUCCAAAUUGUGCUUGAAUAGGAUAAGAGAGGUACUUCUCUUUAUGUUGAGUUGAAGACUGUUCCAUAGAGGUGACAGGUGCCUUGGUCUUAAUUUUAGAAUAUUGUUCUUCUGAAGCUGUUUUUGUACCCUUCAACUUGACUUUUGACCUCCAACUUGUGGACCCCUGUGUUCAUGUGUUAACUGGGGAGCUUGGCAUUCAGAACAGUGGGGCCAGUAGUCUGGUAGUAUUAAUUCUGCAGCAGUGGGUCAUCUUUGUUCCAACUGUGGGAGCAGUGACCUCACAGGCAUGAGCCACAUGCUUCUGACCAGUAUGUGCAGCUAGUAAAUCAUGCCCUUCUUCAUCUACUGGUCUCUACCAGAGGUCAUACAAGGUACAGAUGACCCCGAAUGAUCCAUUUACUCACCCAAGACAGGCAAACAGGCCCAUGACCAUUUCAUAUCCCUUCCAGGUAAUUUGUCUUUCAUCCAGAUACAUGUAAUUGGUUGCUCAGAUGGCUGUCUUGCCUCUGGUUUUAUUGAAACUUUUGUGUGGAAUAUUGAAUGCUACUGUUAUCUGUUCAAUCUGUUCACUUUGUACUUUGUACUUGCACAUAUCUGUGAAGUGUAGCCACUCAGAUGGCAAAUGUAAGAAAAUAGUAUUAUGCUGGUUAUAGUUGUCUCACUGUGUAUGGAUUGCUAUGAUACAUUGUCAGCUUAAUUGAAAAUGCACAAAGCAAUAAGAUUAUCAAAUUUGCAUUGUAAUUAUCAAGAAUGUCCACAAAACUGUGAUGAUUUUUACAUAUAGGAUAUUUACAAAAACAUGUCUGUAAUGCAGUAUCUCAUAACAGCACUGGAAUACUGGCUGCUACCCUUAAUCAUUUAAUUUUGUCAUGGAGUACUUUGUCAUUUUUGCAACACUGAUUGCAGAGUGUUUAUACAUAUUGUCGAGCCCUCUUACCCCGGACCUUCCUUUGCUGUAGGUUGUCUGCUGCUGCUUUUACAGUUGGGGCUUGCUUAUACAAGGGGAAAAUGUAUUCAGGUGCCAGUGGCUGAACAAGCAGCAUGCUUGCCUUUUGUCCUGAAAGACCAGAAGAAAUGUGGCUGCUCAUCCCACCCCAGGAAACUGGAAUAUUUUUUCCGUUACUGACCCUGCAAUGCAGCAUUAGGGGGUGAUGCACUAAGGAGUGUGCUGUCCUUCAAAUGAGAUAUUAAACUGAGGUGCCAUUUUCCUGAGUUGAUGGUAGAUCAGGUAGAAGAAAAAGUUCCCACAACACUUGUUGAAAAGAGUAGGGGGAGUUCCCCAGUGCCUCAGACCAGAUUUUCCCUCGUUGGUGUGAAUAUCACCUUGUGUUUCCCUUGAAAAAAAGGCAUUUGUGCUAGUGGGACCAAUCCAGCCAACAGAGGGAUGGGUAAGUAAAUAGUUUGGGCAUAUUUGCAAAAGACUGCUAAGAGAUGUAAAGUGCAAGUAUCUGACUCUAGAUACUUUUAAUACAGAUACCUCCUGACCAAGUGUCUCAUUCAGUCACACUUGUAAUCAGCAUCGCCAUACUCAUGUGAUUUAUGUUAAAGAAUCAGAGCCUUUGUUACAAUAAACAAUACAAUUUUUCUUUUUAUUACAGCUCCUGUUGGAGUAAAUAAGCACCAGGUGUGGCAGCAUCAUUUCAGGAUAUAUUGCAUUAUAACUUUUGCAUACUAGUUGGCGUAACCAAAGUAUUAAACAUUAGAAAAGAGUUUCUCUGUGGUACAUUGUUUCUAAAAGCUUGCAAAAAGUGGAAUCAUUCAAAAAUGCCUAAUGACUUCAUUCUGAUACAUUGGUGAAAAAAAGUUCAUUUAAAUGAUAACUGUUAUUUAAUAAACAUAUUAGUUUCAGAAAAGAAUUUUAAUAUACUGAUGUUACCGUCCUAUAUAAAGCAUCAAACUAUCUGUUGUUACUUGAA